UUGCUCCAUUUCCACAUGUUCCACACAGAAGCAGCUGUCAACACAAGACACUGGUCCACUUUAAUGCACUGCUUGUUAGAUGAAGAGAACAUUUGCUUUUACAGUCAGCUCUCCAAACCAGUGCAGCAGCAAGAUCCACUUAAGAUGCUUUCAACAGAGCCUCCUGUCAGCGUGUUCACUUCAGAGAACCCCAGCAACGACAACUCCCAAAACAACACUUUCCUGGACUCAGAAUUCCGCUACAGACUCUUCCCCGCUUUCUACGGAGUGGUGUUUGUAAUCGGGCUGGUAGCCAAUGCGUAUGUCCUCUAUGUCCUGCAUCACAUGCGAGAUUCCAGAGCCAUGAAUGAGAUGCGCAUCUACAUGACCAACCUGACUGUAGCGGACCUGCUUUUCGUCUGUGUGCUUCCCUUCUGGAUUAGCUAUUAUUGUCAGAAUGGCAACUGGAUCUACUCAGACACUCUGUGCAGCAUUAGUGGCUCGCUGUUCUUUGUCAACACCUACUGCUCUGUCCUCUUCCUCACUGUCAUCAGCGUCAAUCGUUACUGGGCUGUGACUCAGCCACUGGUGGCCGCUUCCACUGACUGCUGGAAGCGUGGCGUCAUUAUCUCAGUGAUUGUCUGGGCUGUUACCCUGGCGGCGGCAGCCUAUCAGCUUGCUACACCCGGCAUCCAGGAAGACAAGAACGCAGUUGGUGGCACCAUCUCACGAUGCUUCGAGGGCUACCAAAAUAAUAACGACAAAUCUAAGCUCCCUGUUGUUGUUAUCCACUUCAUCAUCAUUGGCCUGUUCUUUACAGUCUUCCUCCUUGUGGUGUUGUGCAAUGUGCGCAUCGCUUGCACCCUCCUAGCACAGCCCAUCAGUCAGCCACGACCCAGUACAGGAAGACGGCCCCAAGGUACCAAACGACGUGCCUUGCGGAUGCUGUGCGCUGUUGUAGGUGUGUUUGUUGUUUGUUUUGUUCCUCAUCAUGUGGUCCAGGGACCCUGGACGCUGGCCGUAUUGAAGAUGACCAACUGGAGUGAGGAAACCCGGCAGUUUCUGAAUGACGCCCACCAAGUCACGCUGCUCCUCAUGGGGUUGAACUGCAUCCUGGACCCAAUUGUAUACUGCUUUUCCACCAGAAAGUUUCGCAUGUACAUCCAGGGUCACCUGAAGAAAGUGAAGCAAGGCAAAAACUGCUCCAACCACACCAGCACCACGGGUUUGUCUAUGAAAAUCAGGAAUCAAUGUGAAGAACUGAGUGUCUUUGAAGAGAAGGACUAGCAGAGAUUUGAAAGACCUCUAACAAACUUUCAUGGCAAGCUGUAUUUACGGUCUGGGACAUCGAGCAAAGACUUGGCAUUUUCAGAUGAGGUGUAAAAAUGAGCCUGCAUCUGGGACAGAAGGAAUUUCACAUUUUUAUCCAGAAGGUAGAAACGAAUUCCCACUGGCAUCAUUAUCAGCAGGUAGUCGAACGGCAUUGUGGGUAUUGUAACAAACUGUUAAACAAGGUGAAAAAAAAGCAUGUUCAUGAAAGAAGUUUAAAUUGAAAAAGACAACUCAGUAUUUCUGUACAAACUAAGUCUAGGACAUUAUUGAAGAUAACAUGUUAAUUAUAAAGACUCAGGGUGAAUUUUUACCUUCAUGUUUUUAAGUGACUGAUAAGUAAUUUCAAAAUUAUCUGUGCACUGUCCAAAAGAAAUUGCAGGAUUUCCUAGACCUGAAAAUGGUGUCUGUACUAAUCAUUAUUUCAGCAUGUAACUUAUCAGUCAUUGUAGCUUGUUCUGGACUUCCCCUGUACUCUGAAUGUCAUGAUCUUGUUAUCUUGGGCAAGUUUUGUGUUCCUUAAAAGAGGGGAAAUACAGGGUAUUGUGUUCUGUGGUUCACAUCGCCAGUGCUCUCCCAUGUUUGCAUUUUUAUUCUGAAUUAAUCCAUCAGCUAAAUUUAAAGACCUUUACUCUUUAAUCAGGUAGAUUUUACUCCAGUGAAAGCAGUAACUUGUAAAGAGAGCAGUUCAGGGUGGGGACUGGGAAUCAUUAUGGAUCAUGCAUGUUUGUGGGUUUGUCACAGGGUUUGCCGUGGUUGGAUCUUCCAGCAGGACAAUGAUCCAAAACAUACGUCACAAUUAACACAUAAAUGGUUUACUGACCACAAAAUCAAGGUCCUUCCAUGUCCAUCCCAGUCCCCUGACCUGAACCCCAUAGAAAACCAGGAGAGUCCACCAGCGUGGACCUCGAAUUGUGAAGGAUCUGGAGAGAUUCAGUAUGGAGGAACGGUCUCAGAUCCAUCGCCAUGUAUUCUACAACCUCAUCAGGCGUUAUAGGAGACUCAGAGCUGUUAUCUAGGCAAACGGAGCUAGCACAAAGUACUGAUAAAAAGGGUGCCAUUAAUUGUGGCCCACAUAUAUUUAACAAGAAAAAAAAAAAAAAUACAAAUACAAAUACAAUACAAAAAAUUAGUGGUUAGCAGGUUCGCCUCACACCUCCAGGGUCGGGGGUUCGAGUCCCACCGUGGUCCUGUGUGUGCGGAGUUUGCAUGUUCUCCCCGUGCUGCGGGGGUUUCCUCCGGGUACUCUGGUUUCCUCCCCCAGUCCAAACACACGCAUGGUAGGCUGAUUGGCGUGUCUAAAGUGUCCGUAGUGUAUGAACGGGUGUGUGAGUGUGUGUGUGAUUGUGUUCCUGCGAUGGAUUAGCACCCUGUCCAGGGUGUACCCCGCCUUGUGCCCCAUGCUCCCUGGGAUAGGCUCCAGGUUCAAGGUGACCCUGAAGGAUAAGCGGUAUAGAAGAUGGAUGGAUGGAUAUUUGCUGAAGCUUUAUUGUUGUUGUUUUUUAUUUGCAGUGUAUAUGAAUUUUAUGUGUCUGCAUAUUUUUGCAUAUUUUCCUUAAUAAAGUGUCAAUGCACUUAACUGUUAGAUAAACAGUCUAAACCA